GCCCACUGCAGAGCACCAGCUUGCUCUGGCACUGCCACUUCUGCUCAGCUUUCCCCUCUGGAGUGCAGCUCAUGACUCCUCAUUCCUUAUAGGGGUUUGACUGUUUCUGCUGAUACAGCUGCAAUUUUGAGACCCUGGCCAGAAAAACUGAGAGACAGCAACAUUUUGUCUGUUGGAGCCAUCAGAACAAAUGUAAAUGGAUGAGAAAAGAAAGAGCGGCUUUAACGAUAGCUACCAGCUGCAGCUAGGAAAAGACCAAUUGUCAGAGGGCAGAAAAACUUUAUCAGUAUUAUUUAAUCUUCAGGUUACUACUGAGAGCUUAGGCUUGCUUCUGAAGCCUGGGAUGUUCAGGGGCAAGGGCUGGGAGUUUGCAAGUGAAGGGGUUCAGCUGCACAGAUUUGCAUGUUCUGGUGGGGAUGCUAGGUUCGGUGGCUCAGCAGUGCACCCUGUGCUGUAGGUGCUCAGUAGAGAAGAAGGUGUCAUUUAUUGUAAUGACUAAUGGGUAGUUACUGGACUUUAUCCAUUAAUAAGUAACGUGUAUUCAGCAGCAGUCAGAAAGCAAAACGUCUCCAUUCUAGGGAGAUGUAGUUGCUGAGAAAAGUCCUUGUUCUUUGUUUCUUCUUUUCCUUCCGUUUUGCUCUGGCUUUGCCAGGUGUAAAAUACAAUUGUCAGCAGUUUAUAGGGAAGGGGGAGUGUCAGUUUUCCUGUCGAAGAAAAUUCCAAGGGUCUGAUUGCAAAAAGAAGGGAAACUGAAGAAUGCCACAUGGCUUCCACCUUCCUGUAUUUCAUCCUUGCAGAAUUGCCUCUGCUGCGUGAGUCACUUGGUGUCUGUUGGUGUUUGCUAAACGGAGGACAGUUCUAACAAAUGAUUCUGCCCUUAGUCAAUAGGAACACGCUGAAGGGAUAGUAUUACUCUGGGAUGAAACAGGACAAGGACAUUAGGAGUAAGUUAAUAGUCUUAAAAUUCCUAAUUGAGAGUUAUUUGGAAAUAGUUUAGCGUGGAAUCUAAGUAGCAAUGCAAUAAGGAUCCUAAAUUCAUGUUCUUGCUCUUAGUGUAGCAUCCCUUUGACUUUGUGAUUUGGCUCUGACUGGAUCACUGCAUAUGGUAACAGGCUUGCAAGUUUGAGACUUACUUUAUAUAAAUUAUUUUGACAUUUUCUAAUAAAAAAAAACAAUCCUUAAAUCAGCCACUUCUGAUUAGGCUCAUUGCUGGACAAAAGCUGGGUGAUGUUUAUGCCCAGCCUGCCCAGUGCCACUCAAGUUCAGGAGCAUAAAUCAGCUUCCAGCACCAUCCAAGGACAUAACCUUAACUGCUUUCUAACUGAGUUCCGAGCAUCUAAGCUGUAAGCCAGAGGAAUGUGCUGCAUCCAACCUGAGCUGUUAGGAGCCCCUAAGCUCAUAAAUCCUGUGAGCAGAGAAGCCAGUGCAGGUGACUGGACAGCUGGAGCCAUUCUCUGCUCACAAGGAGGAAAGGGACCUCUGAAUAGCUCAAGGAAAUGCUCAGUGUUGAUGGAAUGGCUGCAGAUCUGCUUCCCUAGUGCUUCCUUCACCACAUGUUACACUUGACCCUGCCAGUACUAAACACCAAUAGGAGGCAAGUCAUUGUCCCCAGUGGCAGAUUAAACUGCUUGGCCAUUGUUAAGAGUCCAAGAUUUUCCUCUCUCACCCUGGUUAAAUGACUGCUUGGAUGUGCAGCCAAAGUAAACACAAGCUAAUAAAAAAAUGUAGAGAUAACAGAUACAGUCUAGCUGUUAUGGACUAAACAGUCAAGCUGCAGCACAAAGAUGUGUGGGUUUUGCUUGCUUUUUUUUCUCCUUUAGUUUUUGAAGCUCAAUUUACCUGACAGUGAAGUGGUGCGGAUCAAGUAUACUUCCUUUCUCCUGUAUAGGAGAACUUUGAAGAAGAAAUUGAUCUCCCAGGAUCCGUGUGGCAGCUCUGGAGCCCUUUCCUGUAUCCUCCAACAAUACGUUUCCUUGUUGACAAGAAAUGCAUUGUCAAUGGACUUUUUACUUUUUCAUUUACUCAGUGCACAGCCUGUGAAAGCCAUUGCUGCAAGACAGCCUGUUGAUCAGAAGUCUGGGGUGCUGCAAAGAGGUGGGAGAUCUACAGGGCUAUCACAAAUACUUGAACUUGUGGUAAAGAAAGAAAGAGUUUUGGAGAGGGUCAGAAAAACUCAGCGUGAAACAACCAUGUAGUGGUAGGGGUUGGAUUCUCCCUGUAUUCCUAUGAUUCCCAUGGAAUGCUAUGUUCUUUUACAAGAGUUGAAGUGAAUAGCUGGACAGGUAGAAUAAGUGUUUGGACACGCAUCUGCUUCAAGUGCUUGGAUGUUGCUGGCACACGUAAUCGCUUUGUGUCUGAAGCUGACUGAACUGCCCAAGUCCUUGUAGUGCAGCUUGCUUUGCUUUCCUUUCUGUGGCUGGGGACGGUGUGCCUGCUGCUCUGGUGGCUCCUGCACUCUGGUCUUCAGCCUCUUCUGGGAUCAGAAGUUUGUAGAGAGACCAAGGGCUGAGCGUGCGAUAUGACAUGAAAAGAUUACAGGCUGCUGGGCAAUAAUUACCAUAAAUGAUGCAGACAAGUCCAGAUCUAGGAGCAGCUUUUCCUCUUUCAUCCCAAGCCAGUCGUGGCUCAGGCUGACAGCACACCUGGAAAUGAGCAGGUGAAGGCGGCCCUCAGACCGGCACCAUGACCGAGUGCUUCGACUGCGACAACUGCAAGGAGUCCUUGUAUGGGCGCAAGUACAUCCAGAUGGACAAUGGCCCAUACUGCAUCCCCUGCUAUGAUGCUCACUUCGCCAAUACCUGUGAUGAGUGCAAGGAGCUGAUUGGCCACGACUGCAGGGAGCUGUACUACGAGGAUCGCCACUACCACGAGCACUGCUUCCGCUGCUUCCGCUGUGACCGCUCGCUGGCUGACGAGCCCUUCACCUGCCAGGACGAGGAGCUGCUGUGCAAUGACUGCUACUGCAAUGAGUUCUCCUCCAAGUGCAUUGCCUGUGAGAAGACAGUUAUGCCAGGGUCCCGCAAGCUGGAGUACAAUGGACAAACCUGGCACGAGCACUGCUUCAUAUGCAGCAGCUGCCAGCAGCCCAUCGGGUCACGAUCCUUCAUCCCAGACAAGAAGGAUUAUUACUGUGUCCCCUGUUACGAGAGCAAGUUUGCUCCUCGCUGCACUCGCUGCAAAAAGACCCUGACCAAGGGAGGAGUUACCUACCGGGACGAGCCAUGGCACAAGGAGUGUUUUGUCUGCACGGGCUGCAUGACCCCCCUGGCUGGCCAGCAGUUCACCUCCCAGGAUGACAACCCCUACUGCAUCAAGUGCUUUGGGAACCUCUAUGCCAAGAAGUGCAGUGCAUGCACAAAGCCCAUCACAGGCUUCGGUGGUGGUAAAUAUAUCUCCUUUGAGGAUCGUCACUGGCACCAUAACUGCUUUAACUGUGCUCGCUGUGACACCUCUCUGGUCGGGAAAGGCUUUAUCCCUGACAAUGAUGAGAUCCUGUGCCGUGACUGCAGCAACGACCUAUGAGCCUUGGAGGACACCGUGGGGCAGGGGCUUUCUCUAUUCUUCAGAGUCUUUGUGCCAGUUACCCCUGACAGCAUUGCAGAGGCAGGGCACAUAGCAUAGGAGAUAAGGGCUGACCCCGAACCACGGUGUGUUCAGGAGGUUCCUGUGCCCCUCCUUGAAGGCUAGAGUAUGCUACACUGUGGCUCUGUGCAGAGCCAAAGCUAAAUAAAGUUGAAAAGGAGCUUCAAGAUCCCCAUUAUUUACUCUAUUCUUUUGCUUCUUGUCUGACUGGGCAUGAGCUGAGCAAAGGGCAGCAGCAGCAGCAGCUUCAGUGCAGGGCUGCUGGAUCUGCACGCUGGCAGCAUGCAUUUGCUCCCCUGGGCAUGGUGCUCAUUCUUCUCCAUUUUUCCCUGCUCUGUGUGCUGCAGGGCAGCAACUCCCACUCUGGUCUUGGCGGCGUGCACAGUGGAUGGCUUUACAACCCAGCGCUGCACAACCUGUGCAUGCAGGACUCUCUGCCCUAUUAGGAAGGCUUGGGGACACCGGGCUGGAGCGGAGCACGUGUCACCACCAUGGGAUUCCUGUAGCCACUCUGCCACCUAUGUGCUGCACCCUUUGCUCAACGUGGCUCUGCGGCAGAGCUCAGACACUCGCAGGGCUGGAGCACUGCUCCAAGCCCCUGCCUGUCCUUAACUGUUCACAGCGAGGUGUCUCAAGGCUCACACGAGGGCUUGAGCCAGCCUUGCCCGGCGGCUUGGCUGGCCCUGCCCCCCCAGAGCUCCUCUGCGGGGGAAGCUUGUGCUGUCUGCCUAGUCUGCAUCCCCUCUGCUCUGCCCUGCAUGGGGCACUUCCCCCAGCCCUGCUUUCCUGCUUAACCCAUGCUUCUCUGAAGGCAUCUUCUUGUGAUGUUUAUUCGUUUUUUUGUUUUUUUUUUUUCCUCCUUUUGUAUUCUUUUGUCAUGAUUAUCUGUUAUUUUGUAACCAGCUGUGGGAUGAAGAGACUCUCCCCCCUGCCCAGGAUUCAGUAGGAACAGAAAAAGUUAUGCAUGUUGAAGUGUUAUUAAGUCUGUAUUCAGAUCCUGGUUGAACCCUCGUUUGAAAGCUUUGAUGCAGGCAAAUCAGAGUUUGUGUGUUUGCUAUUCUGAGGCACUUGGAGCAGUCUCUAGAAGGAAGUGUCCUGAAUGUCAACCUCUUGUAUGUUUCCUAAGGCUUUAUAUAAUAAACCGUUUUAGUGACACUCA